AUGGGCGAUUCUCGAACCCAUCCCGCCUAUGAAGAAAUCUCCGGGUUGCGUUUCCCGUCCUUCUACCCGCCCCACUCCGUGACGUCUGGCCUGAACUACAAACCAAGGGACGACGACAUCUUUCUGAUCACCUACGCCCGCUGUGGUACUUCCUGGAUGCAGCAGGUCCUCUACCUCGUUCUCCACAAUGGCCAAGCACCCGCAGACGCCAUUCAGUUCUACAUCAAAUGUCCUCUCCUUGAGCUCGAAGGAAGCGAAGCUGUCGACGCGAUGCCGCGUCCGGGAAUCAUAACUUCCCAGCUCUCUUACGACAGAAUACCAAAAUCGUCGUCUGCGAAGUACGUCCUUCUGUUAAGAGACCCACGUGACGUCUGUGUCUCAAUGUUCCACUACCUGAAGGGCUUCCCAAGUUACCUUUUCACAUCCGGCAAGUUUACCGAAUUCGUGGAGCUUUUUGUCGAAGAUGAGACCGAUUAUGAAGGCUAUUUCAAUCAUAUCGAGUCCUGGUGGAGCCACAGGAAUGACCCCAAUGUGUUCUUCGUGACCUUCGAAGAGAUGCAGCUCCGCCCUGCAGAUGUUGUCGAGCGCCUUGUGAGAUUCCUAGGUAUUACAGAAUUCAACGAGGACGUCGUCAAGCGUGUCUUGAAGAAGAGUUCGGCGAAAUAUAUGCGUGAACACACUAACACACACAUGGAAGAGUUCUUCUACACCCCGUUCGAGACGCUGAUGGGUGACACGAGGUUGUCGGAGGGCAUCUUGGCUUUUCACGCUACGGUUCAGUGUUCCGGUUUGUUGGACGCCAUGAGUAAUGUAAGGUGCGUGAAGCGGGGUGUAAGUGGAGUUUGGAAGGGAGUCUUAAAUGAAGAGCAAGAGCAGAGGAUCAAAGACCGACUAUCGCAGGUGAGUGCUGAGGCAGUUGAGGAGCUUUGCAGGAGCUGA